AUGAAGGUUUAUUUGGGGCGGCGGGAGGGUGGUGGAUCAUUAAAGGAUACGCGGUUCGUCUCAUUGGGGUUAGACAAAAACGGCCCGCUGUCCGUUACGAGUCGCGUCGAUGCGCGUUCGUGCGAUGUGGAAUCGGGGAUUAAAGUUGCAGUAGGUAGCGCGGCGCGGGAGCAGGUGCGGCGGGGAGUACCGGCUGCACUGCGGUUGCCAUAUCGGCUUCCCAAACACGAAAUCGAAGCGUUGAAAAAUUGCGCUGAGCGUCUUGGAUACGCCCUCCGCAUCGGCGCGAGACUGAGCUACAUACAAAUAAGCCAGCAGGCUGCUCGAGUAACGCCGACUAACGCCAUCAUAGAUUCAAGACUCGUA